CCAGCAGCAGCUCACAAAUUCUUACUUUAUGGAGAAGUCCUUGACUGCUUCACUCUCUCAUUCUUGGAAUGAAUUUGGAAAUGACUUUUGAUGACCUUAAGCAUAAGACUAUGAAGGAUCAACCUGACCAUACGCCGAACGGAGAGAAAGGCACAGGUCUUCAUUUUCUUUCUUCUCGGUGCUGGUGCCUUGCUGCUGCGAUACUAGGGAUCAUUUGCUUGGGAUUACUGGUGACUCUUAUAGUGCUGAUAAUGCGACUAUCACAGGUGUCUGAUCUCCUAAAGCAACAUCAAGCAAACCUUACUCACCAGGAAAUCAUACUGGAGGGACAGAUUUUAGCACAGCAACAAGCAGAAAAAGCUUCCCAGGAGUCAGAAAAGGAACUCAAGGAAAUGAUAAAAAACCUUACCCAGAAGCUAGAUGAAAAAUCAAAAAAACAGAUGGAACUUCAUCACCAGAACCUGAAUCUCCAAGAAGCUCUGAGGAAAGCAGCAAACUUUUCAGAUAUAUUCCUAGGUCCUUGUCCCCAAGACUGGCUCUGGCAUGAAGAAAACUGUUACCUAUACUCCUCUGGCCCAUUUAAUUGGGAAAAAAGUCAGAACUAUUGCUUGUCUUUGGAUGCCCAGAUGCUGAAAAUUAAUAGCACAGAUGAUCUGGAAUUCAUCCAGCAAGCAAGUGCCCAUUCCAGUUUCCCGUUCUGGAUAGGGUUGUCUCUGAGGCAGCCCAGCCGCUCGUGGCUCUGGGAGGACGGCUCUCCUUUGAUGCCCCACUUGUUUCGAUUCCAGGGAUCUCUUUCCCAGAAGUAUCCUUCAGGCACUUGCGCAUACAUACAUAGGGGAGCUGUUUUUGCUGACAACUGCAUUUUAACUGCAUUCACUAUAUGUCAGAAGAAGGCGAAUGUAGUGAGAGCACAAGGAAUCUGAAGGCUCUGCAAAAAAGAAGGAGAAUUCUCUUCUGAAAUUUAAGUUGUACUUUAUCAUUUAGGUGCAAACACAGAGAUUCCUGAGAACUGCCGCAUAUUAGCUGACUGCAGAACUUCUUAGCAGAGACUAGGUCUGCAGAUGUCUGGCUGGAGAUACCCAAAAUUUUGAUUCUAUUUCUCUCUCUCUUUCUCUCUCUCUCUCUCUGUAUUUUUCACCUGGUUGUGCCAUCUCCCUGCCAGCCUUCAAACCUUCUCCCCUUUUAUAUUUUAAACAUUUACUCCUCUUCAAGUCUUGUACUCAAUCCUCUACCUCAGUGCCAUCUGCCCCUUAGCCUCCUAAGCCACAUAGAAAAUGGAAAAUGGAGAACCUGACCCACUGCAAGCAGAAGGCAAAAAAGGGGAAAUCUGCAUGGGAACCGAGCCGGUGAUGAAACAAAAGGGGAAAGCCCAUGAUGGAAUCAAGGAACUUGUGUUCUCCAUGUUAAAAGCUACCACUCGUUGGUCUUUUAAAUUGUGAUCUGUCUCCACACGCCACCAUUUAACGUAUGUGCACAUGAAGCGCGCACACACCCACACACACCCACCCCAUGAUAGCACAUUCUGGGGCGAUUGGGAUGUCCUGGGAGGUAAUUACAGACAGCGUGAUCUUUUCAGUGAACCAAUCACAAUUCAUUAUUGGUUUCUGAAUCUGAUGUGAUUUCUUCGUCCUUUCUCUAUCAAAGGACAGCUUAACAUAGCUUUACUCCUUUGGGAUAGUAUUAGAAUUAUGGGGCCUGUGGCAAAAAUAGUAGAUUUUUUUUACCCCUAAAGUACACACCAUUUGUAGAUGACCUCCUCUCAACUCUGCUAUGCUGUGCUAGCAUACCGGGCCAAACAAUGAAGACACUCAAUUAAGGAACAGACUGAGCCAGGCACGGAAAUAUUGCAAAACAGAAACAGACGGAAUUUGAAGUAUUCCUUCUAUUUUCAGUGUUUCUACUCCUUGGCUAGCUCCCUUCCCAGUUUAUUCUACUUUAAAAGAAGCCUUUCCAUUUUGUUGCACAUAAUCUAGCAUCAGCUUUAUAUAUAUAUAAAAAGUAAAGUACCAUUCCUAGGAAGACAAGAUAUAUUUUCUUUUGGUAGCAGGUUUAUAGAGGUCUAAUCGGCAUAGAACAAACGGAACAUAUUUAAAUUACACAAUAGUUAAGUUUUCAUAUAUAUAAGCACGUUCCCUUGAAAUCAUUACCACAAUUAAGGUAGUAAAAAUUCUCACUUCCGCCCCAAAUUUAUCUUGCCCUUCCCUAUGCCUUCUCCUCAGAGAACCACCAAUCUCCUUUCAGGUUGUAUUUUAGAGUAUUUUAUGUGAAUGGAGUCACACAGUAUGUCUUUUGGUUUCUUUACUUUGGGUCCAACUUCUGUCAUGGAGCAUUAUCAUUUUGAGAUUCAUCUGUCUUGAUGUUUACAUCAAUUUUUCACCCUUCUAAAAUAUUCAGUGUUAUUCCCUUGUAUGAGCAUAUCCAAUUUGUAUAAUGAUGUAUAAUGAUGAUCUUUUGUAUUGUUUUCAGUAUUUGUCUAUCACAAAAUGAGGUUCUACAAACAUUUGUGUACAAGUCGUUCUAUGUGCAUAGUAUUUCUCUUCUUUUGAGUAAAUGCUUAGGAGUUUAAUGUCAGGAUCAUUCAGCAGGUGUAUGUUCAGCUAUUUGAGAAGUGGCCAAACUUUUUUACCAAUUUGUACUGUUUGAUAUUCCCACCAGCAGUGUAUAAAUGUUCCAAUUCCACCAUAUCCUUGCUAAUACUGAUAUAAUCUGACCUUAAACUGUAACCAUUCUAUAGCUAUUUGGUGGUAUAUUACUCUGGUUUAAUUUGCAUUACUUAAAAGAAAAUUAAUCUUGAGAUAUUUUUAUGUACUUACUGUGUUCAUUUAUUCUCUACAUAUUUUCUUUGAUAAAGCACUGUACAGUCUUCCAAGAA